UAUAAAUUAUUUAGUUAGAACACUGUGAUGUGCCGGAAUUUUACGAACCAAACUCUAAAAACAAUCAUAGAAUUCAAGUAUGGAGGAUAUUUUUAAACAAGUAAUUUUUUCCACUGGUAAUCAAAAAUCAUUCAACAAAGAACACCCACAAUUGUAACUAUCAUAAAUCUACCAAUUCAAUUCGCAAAAUGAGGAGCACUUACACUACAACAACAAUAUGUCAAUGUAAUCCCAAAAAGUGAGGUUUGAAAAGGGAAUGGUGUAAGCAAAUUGUACGCAUGUCUUGGGGUAGAGAAGUUGUUUUUGAUAGACCCUCUGCUCGAUAAUCAAGUGAUUAUAGGAUAAAAAUAACCCCAGAAGCAACCCGUGAAAUCAACCUCGAGGCAAAGCAAACUGUUAGUUCAAAUGGUUGCAUAUGCUACAUAAUAGAUGCAUACUCCUAUUGAAUGCUUUUCUAAUUCAGUUUUACACUUCCACUAAAAAAUGAUUUUCUAAUCUUGUUCUCAAGGAACCUUCAUGAUACAACCAUCUUCAAGUUCCAUAGUCAUGUACACGUGCAAAACUUGAAACACUAAAUGCCAAACAAACAAAAAAUUAAAACGUGAUGUUGGAUUAAUGUGAGGCUUUUAACUGUUAGCUUGACUUUCUGAUCAUUCAUUUAACUAAGGAUACAUUAUGCCUCCAGGUUUCCCACCCUUUUCCAUGACGGUGUCAGAGUAUGAGGCGAGGUUUCAUGAGCUCUCUUGUCAUGCCACCAUGAUUCUACCUACUAAGGAAGAGAGAGUUUGGUGUUUUGUUAAUGGGUUGAGGCUUCAACUUCAGAUUGAGACAAAGUCCGUGGUCUCCACGGGUCAUUCUUUUCUGGAUGUUUUUGAUCACGCCCGCACUAUUGAGGAGCUCCGUCGUGAGGCCCAAGGGUGCAGCGACAAGAGAGCCAGAUAUGAGGGUAGCUACAACAGGUCCCGUUCCGAGCAGACGGGCUCUUAUUAAGGGCCCAUGCAGCGAUAGCAACAGCGCCAGUGCAGGCCUCGUUGGAGGCUUAAGUGAGGGACCGAGUCCUAGUGAGGUUGGCUCAAGUCAUAACCAUGUGUUCCACUCUUGCGCUUCAGGCCGUGGUGGUCGUUCUUCUGGGGCAGAUAAUCGUCGAGUUGCUUUGAUUGUGGUGAGUUGGGUUACUGGUCCAGAGAUUGUCAUAUGCGUAGGCGGAUUGCUCCUGCUCUACAGACAGCUCUACCAGUAGCACCUCCAGCUAGGGGUCGAGGUUAGGGUUCGGCGUCGCCGUGGUUAUCAGGGUAUUUGGGGUGGUCACCGAGAAGGUAGGUCAGGCAAUAGGACUAAUGGCUAGGGCAGAGGCAGACAUGGUCAUUUCUAUGCAGCUCCAGCAAGGGCGGCGGCUAAUUCAUCUAACGAUGUGAUGAUAGGUACGAUUCUAUUCUGCAAUCAGCCUACCUCAACUUUAUUUGACCCUAGUUCAACUUAUUCUUAUGUGUAGGCAUUAUGCUUCUUGUAUGGGUAAGAGUUCUAAGCCUAUGGCUAUGCCGUUAUGUGUGUCGACCCCAUGGGUGAGUCUUUAGUAGUGGAUUGUUUCGAUCAUGCUUAGUUACUAUUCGGGGGCGUUACACCCGGGCUGACCUUAUCUUGUUAGACUUGAUUUUGAUGUGAUUCUGGGCAUGGACUGGUUAUCUCCAUAUCACACAGUUUUAGAUUGUUUUUCUAAGACCGUUACCUUAGCCAUGCAUGGUAUUCCUCCGGUGGUGUGGCAGGGCUCCAUUAGUAGCACACCGAUUGGACUUAUGUCUUUUAUUCAGGCUCGGAGGCUAGAGGCUAGCGGACGUCUGUCCUAUUUGGUAUAUGUGCGGGAUGUGAGUAGGGAGGUCUCUUAAUUUGAGUCCAGGCAUGUUGUCUGAGAUUUUAUAGAUAUGUUCCCUACCGACUUACUUGGCCUACCCCUGGAACCUGAUAUUGACUUUACUAUCGAGCUUGAGCCGGGUACUCGACCUAUUUCCAUUCCACCAUAUCGGAAGGUUCCUAUAGAGCUCAAGGAGCUCAGUGUUCAGCUUCAAGACCUCUUGGGUCAGGGGUUCAUCAGGCCUAGUGUGUCGCCUUGGGGCACUCCUGUUCUGUUUUUGAAGAAGAAGGAUGGCACGGUGCGCAUGUGUAUUGAUUAUAGGCAGUCGAAUAAGGUGAUGAUGAAGAACCGGUACCCCAUACCUAGGAUUGAUGAUCUAUUUGACCUUUAGGGUGCCACAGUGUUUUCGAAGAUUGAUUUGAGGUCUGGUUACCAUCAACUGAGGAUUAAGAACAUCCCUAAGACCGCAACAUUUAGGACUAGAUAAGGCCACUAUGAGUUCCUAGUGAUAUGGCCACUAUGAUGCGGGUGUUCAGACCUUAUCUUGAUUUUUUUCAUCAUUGUGUUCAUAGAUGAAAUUCUGGUAUACUCACGAAGCAGGAAUGAUCAUGAGCAGCAUCUGAAGAUUGUGCUCCAGACUUGAGAGAUCAACGACUUUAUGCCAAGUUCUCAAAGUGCGAAUUUUGGCUCGAGUCUGUAGCAUUCUUGGGGCAUGUGGUGUCCAAGGAUGGCAUCAUGGUAGAUCCGACAAAGAUUAAGGCUAUUCGUGAUUGGGCUAGGCACACUUUAGUUACUGAGGUUCGGAGCUCGUCAGUUUGGCAGGCUACUACAGACGGUUUGUGGAGGGCUUCUUUCUCCACCAUUGCUACACCUUUGACCCGGUUGACUCGCCUUGAUGUUCCUUUUGAGUAGUCUGAGGAGUGUGAGUUGAGCUUUCGGAAGCUCAAGGAGUUGCUGACUACUUCACUCACCUGUAUUGACUCUUCCAGUUGAAGGCGAGGGCUAUUGUGACGCAUCUCUUGUUGGUUUGGGUUAUGUUUUGAUACAGCAAGGCCGGGUCAUUGCUUAUGCGUCGAGGCAAGGGUUACAUGAGCACAACUACCCCACUAAUGACUUGGAUUUGGCGGCGGUAGUUUUCGCGCUUAAGGUCUAGAGGCACUACCUGCAUGGAGUUCGUUGUGAAAUUUACACUGAUAAAAGAAGUCUUCAAUAUAUAAUGAGCCAAAGGGAUCUUAAUUCGAGGCAGCUUCGCUGGAUUGAGCUUCUAAAGGACUAUGACCUCUUUAUUCUCUACCAUCCGAGAAAGGCGAAUGUAGUAGCGAACGCCUUGAGUCGGAAGACAGUGAGUAUGGGAAGUCUAGCCUUCCUAUCUACGGUGGAGCGACCUUUAGUUUUGAACAUUCAGUCCUUAAUUCUAAGAGAGUGUGCGGUAAGUGCUUUUGCAAUAUGGAUGUAUGAUGCGGGGCUCCCUUUUAAUUGUGUCAAUCACAAAUCAUUUGAUAAAUUUUUUGAGACAGUAGGUCAACAUGGCCCCGGAUUGAAGCCUCCUACAUUCCAUGAAGUUAGAGUUACUCACCUAAACAAAGAGGUGGAGAAAGUGGAAAAAAUUGUUGAUGAGCAUAAAGUGCAAUGGACAAAGUUUGGAUGUUCCAUUAUGAUGGACAAAUGGACGGCAGAAAUGGUAAAAUGAUCAUCAAUAUUUUGGUGAAUUCUCCAAUCGGUAGUGUAUUUCUUGGUUCUAUUGAUGCUAGCAAUGAAUCUACCGAUUCCACCAAAAUGUACAAGUUGUUUGAAAGCACUAUUGAAAGAAUUGGAUCGGAAAAUGUUGUACAAAUUGUCACCGAUAAUGCUAGUGAGAAUGUUAAAGAGGGAAGCAUGAUGAUGGGUGCGUAUCCACACAUUUAUUGGACUCCAUGUGCUGCUCAUUGCAUCAACUUGAUGUUUGGUGGCAUAUUCAAGGUUAAGCCAUAUGCUUCCGUUUUUAAGAAGGCCAUCAGAAUCCAUUCUUACAUUAGUCAAAGGCCAUUGUUGUUAAACUUGAUGAGAAAAUUCACCAAGGAAAGAAAUUUGGUGAAACCUGCCAAGACAAGAUUUGCAAUGGCCUUCUUAACUUUGAGAGCUAUGUACAUACAAAGAAAAAACUUGAGAACUUUAGUCCUCUCAACCGAAUGGACUUCAAGUAAAUUUGCAAAGGAAACUUUGGGGAAAGAAGUUGCCAAUCUUAUUAUUUCUGCCCACUUUUGGGAUGAUGUUGUUCGAGCACUUACAGUUUGUGGCCCUUUGACAAAAGUGCUUUGUUUGAUGGAUGGGGAGGAAAAACCACCAAUGGGCUAUAUUUAUGAAGCAAUGGAUAAUAGAGCCAAAGAAACUAUUGCAUGGGGUUUUCGUGGAGUUAAGAAGCAAUAUGAGAAAGUGUUUUGAAAUUAUUGAUGCAAGGUGGUCAGACCAACUCCAUCGGCCUUUGCAUGCUGCAGUCUAUAUUUUGAACCCAGGAUUGUAUUAUAAAAGCUCAAGAAGAGGUAACUUUACUACAGAGCCUGUGGACCGAGUAUUAUGCAUGUGUUGAGAAGAUGAUCCCCGAUACAGCAAUACAAGAUUUACUAGUCGCUGAGCUUCCUAGGUACAAAAUGGCGGAUGGACUAUUUGGUUGUGG